AUGAAAUUUGACAAAAUUUUGAACCUCAAAAUUACCUUAAAUAAUAACCCUACUAACAUCCUUAAUAACCUCUGCACCGGCCUCGAAACCUUCCUCGGCUUCAACUCUGCUUCCAAAGGCUACGAUGGCUCCGGCAUUGUGUACUCCGACUUGGAUAGGCUGUGUGACGGGGUGAUGGGAUUUUUGUAUCAGGUGCUUAAAGAUGUCAGCGAGAAACAGCCUUAUCAAGUAGGUAGAGAAACGUAUUUAAAAAAGGUUCUUGGUGAAAUAAGUGAACAAUUACUUCGAGGAAAUAGCGGAUUUAAUAUUGCGCUUCCCAAGAUACUUAGCAGGAUUGGCAAGUAUAAUGCUGACGUGCAACAGUACAAUGACAGCGUGAAAAAGCCUACAGACACAUUUUUGGUACGCUUAAAAAAUGAUUUCCCAAAGGAAAUUAAGAAAAUUCCAAAUGACAAAAAACUCAAAGAAAUGAGUUCACAUACUGUCGAGAAUGCAGUGGCUCCUACCAGGGAGCUGUCCAGCAAGUAUAUUCAGUAUGGUAACGAUUUUGACAGGGCUCUUCAAAAAGCGAAAAAGGAGAUCAGCAAUCUCAAUUCGCAAUGUAAGAACAAUGUAACAACGGCGCAAAAACAGGUGAAGUAUGUGACUGAGAGGCUUGCGGCUUUGUCGACCAAGGAAGAGAGUGAUUUGAAAGCUGUCGAAAGUGAGAUUACAGAGACACUGAAUUCGCUUAAAGACGGUGUAAAUGUGAGAGUAAGAAGAGAUGUCAGUGAACUCGUUAAGCUUUUAAAAGAUAAGGUAUCGGCGAUUUGGAAAUUGCUGGAGGAAAUUGAUAAGAAGCUCUAUGAGUAUGUCGACGCACUGCAAAAAUGGAUUGAUAAGGCGGAUAAAGAUGUAAAUCAGGCCAUAAGUAAAUCGGACGGAAUCGAACAAAAACUGCCUGGAGGCAAAAAUCGUGAUGAACUCAAUAGAAUUUCAAGCGAGUUAAAAACGAGGAGCGAUGUGAUCUGGAAUUAUGUUGAGGAGAUGAAAAAACAAAUAGCGGAGAAUGUGAAAGCAGCGCUCCAGCAAGUGAAAGACAUGGACGGCAAGCUGAAAGAGGAUUUGAAGAGGGUGAAGGAAGGGAUUAAAGAGGCGAUUAAGCAGUUAGGGAAACGUAUGGUAAAGCAUGUAAUAAGGAUUGGGGACGUGAAAGAGCAGAUUGGUGAGCAAUUGAGUCCAAUAGUGAGGACCUCUAAGGACAUGUUUGCCGAUUUCGGCGCAGUUAAGAAUGCGCUCGAUAAGGCUUUACGGAAUGUUUCGGAAGAUAUUAGAAAACUGGUUAACCUAGAACAACUUGUGGAUAUUAAAAGCCGUUCAAGUAAAACACUCGACGCCCCUUUACUCAAAGCUAUUGCUGGAGAUAAUCCCUUCAAACCACUCAUUAGCUAUUUUGAAAAUUUAAACACUAAGGUUAUGGAUCCAAUAAGAACUGUAAUGACAAGAGUAUGUGAUGGUUUGGGGCGUGGGUUUGCAGCCCAAGGCAACAAUGGAUUACAUGCUACACUUAUAGGCAUUAAAGAACAACUGAAAGGUAUUCAUAAUGUUGUGAAAGGCUCCGUUCCGGAGAUGAAAGACCUGAAGAUGCAACUCACAUCUAUUCUUGGGGAUAAACUCAACGUUGAAAACCUUGACUUAAACUCGAAACCCUCUCAUGCUCAGACAAUUCAGACUGUGGCUGAAAAACUCGAACGCAAGACUGACAAAAUUGAUAAAACAGAAGCAAUUAGUCUGCUCACUGUGCUUUCUGAUAUUGCGAAAACUGUCUCCGCGCACACUCAAAGGGUUAUUGAAGAAGUCAUGCAUAAGAUUAAAGAAAAAAAUCCGAGAAGAGAUACAG